GCUAUAUUAUUCACCUUGCAAUAAAGUAUCCGGAUGCUAUAGGAGCAACCACUAGGAAAGACAUCCCUGGACCUAAGGGUGUUCCUAUAUUUGGAAAUUUAUUCACAUUUGUGUUUAAAAAAAAUUCUUAUAUUGAAUUGCAACAAGAAUUGGCAAAUAAAUAUGCUGGGCGUAAUGUUGUCUCAAAUGAUCCACAAACAUUAGAAUAUGUUUUAAAAACAAAAUUUGAGAAUUUUCAAAAAAAUCCUGCUGCUAUCCAAGUGUAUCACGACUUGCUUGGAGAUGGAAUAUUCAUGGCUGAGGGUCCUAUGUGGAAAUUUCAAAGAAAACUAAUAAGUCAACAGUUUCAACAAAAGAGUUUUGGAAAUAUAAUUUAUGCAUCUGUAAUUCGAAGAUCUGAAAUCGUAAUAAAUGUUUUAAAAAAGUAUGCAGAUAGUGGAAAACCUAUUGAUUUAAAAGAUUUAUUUUUCCGAUUUACUAUAGAGACUAUUGGAGAUUUGUCAUUUGGUGUAGAUUUUGAAUGUCUAACCUAUACUGGUGAAGAAUCGAAAUUUGUUACUAGUUUUGAUUACGUUCAAACAGGAACACUUGAAAGAAUUUUCCAACCUUUCUGGAAAUUAACAGAAAAAUAUAGUGAAAAAGGUCAACGAAUGCAUGAAGCUUGUAAAUAUAUUGAUGACUAUGUAUAUAAUUUGAUAAAUAGUCAUAGAUCUAAGCUUGAAGUUGAGCAUAAACCAGUUAACAAUAUGUUAACUUUGCUUAUGGAUGCUGUUGAUGAUGAUGGUAAAAAAUUUAAUGAUAAAGAGUUGAGAAAUGUUGUAAUGAGUCUUAUUUUUGCUGGUCGUAAUACUACUGCACUGUCUCUAUCUUGGAUGAUGUACGCAAUCAUGGCAAACCAAUCUGUUGAAGACUCAUUGCUUCAAGAAAUUAAUUCACUUCUCUCUACAGAAAAGCCUAUCCCAUCAUAUGAUGAUAUUAAAUUAUUUAAAUAUACUACAGCUACAUUUUAUGAAACUCUUCGCUUAUAUCCUAGUACCUGCAUUAAAAAUACUGUUCUACCUAAUAAUAUUCCAAUUUAUGCUGGAGAAUUUGUAAUGUUUAAUCUCUAUAUAAUGGGGAGAGAUGAAAAAAUCUGGGGAAAAGACGCAAAACAAUUUGAUCCUGAAAGAUUUUUAAAUUCAGAGAAUGGAUUACGACCAAAUAGAUUCAAGCUUGCUUCUUUUAGUGCUGGACCUAGAAGUUGUGUGGGAGAGCAAUUGGCAACUUUGGAAACAGUAAUACUUACAAUAUUGAUAUUGAAAGAAUUCAAGCUUGAAUUAAUGUCUGGGCAAAAAUCACCACCGGAAUUUAAAGACUCUAUCUCAUUAGCGAUGAAGGAUCCUUUAAUGACUAAAGUAUCUUAUAGAGCUAAAAAUUUUCAUAAAUACAACCAACAUCCUUUAUAG